AUUCGUUGUAGAAAUUUAAUUUUGUAGAAAAUGUCGGCAACAAAGUUCAGUUGGUGCUGCUCCACAUUCGCAUGUGCCAUGCGAUUGACAAAAUCCCCAACUGUGAACCCGUACUUCGUAUUCCUCGAUCACUUCCGGAGUAAUCUUCAGAAGCGCGGCAUCUGUAAUUUAAAGCCCACGGUCGUAAGUAAAGUGGCUGGCAUUAAGUGGCGCCAAAUGACUCCGGAUCAGAAGUCUGUGUUCAUCGAAAUUGCCCAGAUAAAUCGGUCGAGAAUGAAUAAAACCCCGCGUCUUGGCCUUCCUGUUGGUGGAGUCAGGCGGUGUCUUAUUAAAAGAAUUCCACGCGCCGUCAAGGAGCAUUUUUAAGUCACCGUAA